AUGGCCCAACACGGAUUCAGCCAUUUCGCUACCGCCCCCAACGGAGGCAACAUCGACCCCAACGAUCUCGCCAUGGGUGGCGGCUAUUCUCCCUCCUUCUCCAAUGCCAACAACUUCAACUCCGCCUCCGGCAAUGCCCCGAACGGCUACUCCAGCGGCAACGCCGUCUUUGGCGACGAUGAAUUACUAGAUGGACUCGCCAGCCCUUCCGAUGGCCAGCCAGGCAUGCAUGGCCAAGGACAAGGCCAGGGCCAAGAUUUCGCCGGGAUGAACAUGGGCUUCAGCCACCAAAACGCUUUCCAGUCGCACAGAGGGUCUGGUCUACAGAUUGACCCAGCUCAGAUGAACGGCUACUCGCAAACCCCCGAUGGCGACCCGAUCCAGAGCCCAUAUGCCGCUGGCUUCACGGCUCAAUUCCGUCAGAUGCAAAACAACCACUCUCUUGGUGGCUCAUUACACUCUCCCCUGUCGUACUCAGGCUCCCCCUUGGCCGCUGGGGAAAUGGGCGCCGACGGCAACGACCCCAACUUCCUCAAGGCCAGAGCCAGGAUGUCUCAGCAGAUGCAGCGAAAAGCCUCCAAUAAUCGCAGCCCAAUGACGCCCAAGACCAACAGCAUUCACGGCAUUCCCAUCGGCACUCAGGAUUCGCCCGGAUUUGGACCGCAAGCCAUGCGACCUUCGGGCAGCCACGAAAAGUCUCCAUCGGGACAAUGGGUCAACACUCCCUCUGGAAGCAUCCCCGCCUCUUACAACUCUGGCUUCUCCUCGCCCAUGCAGCAAGGCAUGGUCCCCAUCAAUGAGGUCAUGCUCAAGGGAGGAACCUCCAUGCCAACCAAGUUGGGGGUGAACCCCAAUGCAGUCUCCUCCCAAGAGAUGAAGCGCAAGCGCCGCCGUGAAUCUCAUAACCUUGUCGAGCGUCGGCGCCGAGACAACAUCAACGAAAGAAUCCAGGACCUCAGCAAGCUCGUUCCCUCACACCGCCUUGAGGAUGAGAAGAUUCGCAAGUUGAUUCAGAACGGCACGCCCUUGUCCCCUACCUUGACAGGCAUGUCAAAUGCAUCCCAGGCUACUUCCGGUUUAGCUGGUCCUGGUGCACGACGUGCUGCUGGUAGCAAUGCCGGCAAUAUCACCACUGGACUGCCCAUUGAGGAGAAGGAUAAGGGUCCCAACAAGGGCGACAUUCUGAACGGUGCCGUCAGCUGGACCCGCGAUCUUAUGUGGAUGCUGCACCUCAAGCUUCAACAGCAAGAGGAACUCAUGAACAACAUUGCCGAGCUGGGCGGCCACUUCCCCUUCGAGCUGACUGAUGACGAGAGACGCAUGCAGUCGGAACUGAUGGAUGCCCUCACAAGGAGUGACGCGGCGAGCUUUUCGUACUCGCGAACUGCUGGAUCUGGUCUCCGGGUACCUAGCCAUACCGAUUACCGUGGUGACCCUGUAAACAGCCUGGCUGCCAACCUCGACGCCAUCGGCCUCACCCCAGAGGAGAAUGGCAACCCAGUCAUGGCUUCAGACAUCAACGACACCGCCCAAUUCUGGAACGAUCCCGAUGAUGACGGCAGCGGCCACGCCUCCUUGGACUUUAAGGAGGACGACGAAUAUGACAUGGACCUCAACUAG